AGGGUGAGAGAGAGAGAAAAAAAAGGAGAGAGAAAGAGAGAGCAGUUUUUUAAAUGUUCAAAGAGACGAGGCGGCGCACCGGAACAUUAGGGAAUCUCUGGACACACGAGGAUGACCACGGCAGUGCUGAAGAUUACUGAAACGUCAGAACAACACUCGCUGAUGGAACAUUCUGAGGUUGUUAGCAUAUAAUCUGCAGGCUUUAGAUAAGAACCUCCAUCGAAUACAUGCGUACAUGUAUGCGAGUUUCCUUCUGAGUAUGUGACGCUAAAGAUGAGGACCUCGUUGAACAGUCAGGAUCCCUUUUUUUCUUUUAAAGGGUGUUUUUUUCCUGUAGGGGAACUAUAAGAAAUUCAAUGGAUUCAUGCUUUAGCUCAACUUCAUAUCUCUCUCUUACAUAUUUCCAUGCACACAAAGGAAAGAAAAAAGGCAACACAAACUGAUCCAGAACUGCUUUGGUACCCUCUCCCAUUUACGGAUUGGUUCUGGCAAGACAGAGUGGCAUGAGUGUGGGCAAGCCCCACCGCUACAACAUUGUGUCAUCGGAGGAGGAGGACUUGUUCCGCCACAGCAACAUGCCUGCCCUCGGCAAUGGCUUUGGUAAUGGCAAGAUCCAGACGCGCCGGAAGGUGCGAAGUCGCUUCGUUAACAAGACAGGCCAGUGCAACGUCAGUUUCUCUCAUAUGGACGAGCAAUCCCAGCGCUACCUCGCCGACAUCUUUACCACCUGUGUGGACAUUCGCUGGCGGUGGAUGUUCGUCCUUUUCUCCCUUGCAUUUGUCCUGUCCUGGCUCGCAUUCGGGUUCUCCUUCUGGCUUAUUGCUCUUGUCCAUGGUGACUUAGACCAGCCCUCUCAAGACAACUUCACGCCGUGCGUCAUGCAGGUGAACAGCUUUGUCGCAGCAUUCUUGUUCUCGGUUGAGACGCAAACGACGAUUGGCUAUGGAUUCCGCUGCGUGACUGAAGAGUGUCCUUUAGCAGUAUUCAUGGUCGUCUUCCAGUCCAUUGUGGGCUGCAUCAUUGACUCUUUCAUGAUCGGAGCCAUCAUGGCCAAAAUGGCAAGGCCAAAGAAACGGGCAGAAACGAUAUUGUUCUCGCAAAACGCUGUCAUCGCUAUGCGUGACGGGAAGCUGUGCCUCAUGUGGCGGGUCGGGAACUUGAGGAAAAGUCACAUUGUUGAGGCUCACGUACGGGCGCAGCUAAUUAAGCCCCGAAUCACAGAGGAGGGGGAGUACAUACCUCUCGAUCAGAUCGACAUCAAUGUGGGUUAUGACCAAGGUCUUGACCGCAUCUUCCUGGUUGCUCCCCUCACCAUCCUACAUGAGAUAAGCGAGGAGAGUCCGUUGUUUGGAAUCAGCAAGCAGGAGCUGGAAACAUCAGAUUUCGAGAUAGUGGUCAUACUGGAAGGGAUGGUCGAGGCGACUGCGAUGACGGCUCAAGUGCGCAGCUCAUACCUGGCCAGCGAGAUCUUAUGGGGCCAUCGCUUUGAGCCUGUGGUGUUUGAGGAACGCAACCAGUAUAAGGUGGACUACUCGCACUUUCAUAAGACCUAUGAGGUUCCCUCGACGCCUCGUUGCAGCGCCAAAGACAUGGAGGAGAACAAAUCCCUGGAAUCUGGUGCCAACUUCUGCUAUGAAAAUGAGUUAGCCUUCAUUAGUAGGGAUGAAGAGGAGCAGGAGGAGGACAGAGGUGAGAGGGGGACUGAGCUAGAGACCCUUUCAGCCAAUCUAAACUUUGAUCAGAGGUCGUAUCACAAAGAAUCUGAAAUAUGACCACUGAUUGUCAACUUUAAAGACUUCGCUUUAUUGUAGAAUCAGCCUAUUCUUUUAGUGUCGGUUGUAAAGAACAGAUACAGAGCAAUGCAAGUGCCAUAUGAAACUUUGACCCACUGUCCUAGAGCCAUGCUGUAGUCGAGGGCAGGUCAGGAACAGAAAGUGCUUUUUGUAGUUGUCGGAAAUGUGAGGCCUUCCUAUAGGAAAACUUGAAAUCUGAUUUUCUGUUUCAUACUGUAGUUUGAAGUGAUAGCUUUAAGUAGGCUAGUAUCAUUAUGCAAUACUAAGCUAGCCUGGGUGCCAUUUUGACUAAAUCUUUCUCUUGUACACACAAUUUGCACAAAAUAGGAUGUUAACCACUAGUGUGUUUGCUUGGAUAUUGAGUAGAACAUGAUUCUUGUUUGGUGUGAUUUACAGCAAUAAAGUGACUUGAAGACUUUAUCCAUGCUCUCCAUAUUCUACUGAUCUUUUUUUUUUUCACACUACGUCAGAGCAAAGACUGCAUUAUUUUUACCAAGCAAUGAGGUACUAUUAGAGGUGUGUGGAAGAUAAUUAACACCUAAACAGACACUGCUAACUGACAAUGAGCAUGAUGGCUCCCAGGCUAGCAAACAACUAAGACACAAGAUUAUUUAUUCAAUAUUAGAAAGUGAGUAGAUAAACAUACAAGUAUGUGAGUGGAAGAGUGAAAGAUAAAGUUAAAGGUUUUUUUUUUUCACAACAUACCAACAUUUACAUUCAUGCUCAGGACAAACACGCUUGUAUAAAACCACUAACUCACAAUAACAGCCAGAGGAACAACAGGUUUAAUGUGAUAUAUCAAACCCACAAGUCCUGCUUUUGUAUUGUAGCCUUUCACAAAUUUUGAAGCUAUAAAACAGUAUAUUUACAAUGUUACAUAUUUUGCUAUAGCAACAGCUACAUUUAGCAAGAAGGUGUUUUAGGAGGUAUGACCUUCAAAUGACAUUUCUUUGAGUUUUUGUCCUAUCAAUACAGCUGCCCACUUGCCAAUGUGAAAGGAAAUGAUCAAUACUGAUACUUCUAUGGUUGAUGCUAAAGAAUAAAAUGCCAGUAUCAGAUUAUGGGCACACUGAGAAAAAAAAAAACAAACAAAACUGCUUUCCAGAAAAAAACUUGCCCUAAAACAAUACCAAAGUUUAUUUAGCUAACCCAAUUGUUGUUGUUUUUUAACCCAAAUCAUUUUUUAUAUCUAAAAGACCUUAUAUCUUGUACAAUUUUCCUUAAAAAUAAAUAAUGAAACAAAAAUA